CGUGCUGCGGGGAGAGCGGCCCGGUGCGGAGGCUCGGCGGCACCGUGAUGCUGGAGCAGGACGGCGAGCUCUCCCUCACCAUAGCGCGGAUCGUGCAGCGGCUGAAGGGCUCCAGCCUCCACACCCAGCUGGAGCGACAGGCCCGGAUUAGCCUACACAACCCAGAAAUUAAACUGGAAUCAUUGAAAGAAGAUAUUAAGGAUUUUCUGAAGACAUCAGGUUGGGAAAAGAAGCUUCAGAAUGCUGUUUAUAGUGAACUCAAUGUGUUUCCUUCACCGUGUCAUCCUGCAGCACCUCCUGAGCAUAUGAAGGAACCUUUGGCUUAUAUGAGGAAAGCACAGGGAAGCUGGGAGAAGCGAAUUCUAAAAAGUCUAAAUAGUAUGUGCACGGAACUCAGUAUCCCACUAGCACAGAAGAGGCCUGCAAGUGAGCAGAAAGAGCUGCUUAAUAAAUGGAAUGAAAUGGGAACUGACGAACCAGAUCUAAGUCUCUUCAGGCCUGUUUAUGCACCUAAAGAUUUUCUUGAGGUCCUGAUGAAUCUUCGAAACCCAAAUUAUGAAAAUGGAGAACAGCCUAGUUUCAGAAAUCAUCUGGGGCUAAUUCAAGUUCCUCUAAAAGUUAAAGUUAUUCCAGAAUUAAAAGAAGACUUCAGUGAACUAGACUUAAACAUAGGACAACUGGGUAUUGAUGAUUCAGCACAAGUGCCUCCUGAGUUCUUUGAAAAUGAGCAUGUACGUGUUGGACAAAAAGUUUUAGCAGAACAAGAUAGUGCUGCAGCUCAACAAUAUGUUCGUCAGGGAUGUCCAACAGCACUCCGAGCUGAUCUAUGGGCCCUCAUUCUGAAUAUUUCUAAUCAGCCAGAGGAUAUCUUGUAUUAUGAGCAGCUCAAGUCAAAUGUGAUUCAGCAUGACCUUUUAGUGGACAGCUUGAUUUACAAAGAUGUAAAGCUAACGGCAAGCAAUGAUGACUACUAUUUUGUAUUUGAGGAUUAUUUAUAUCAGGUAUUACUCUGUUUUUCACGAGAUACUUCAGUAUUGGAGCACUUUGCUUACAGCAGUGCUACUCCACCUAAAUCAUACAUACAAGGAAAACUUGGAAUAGAAGAGUAUGCUGUUUUCUAUCCACCAAAUGGUGUCAUCCCAUUUCAUGGCUUUUCUAUGUAUGUUGCUCCACUUUGUUUUCUGUAUCAUGAACCUGCCAAAUUGUAUCAGAUAUUCCGUGAGAUGUAUGUGCGUUUUUUCUUCAGACUCCAUUCCAUCUCUUCUCAUCCCUCUGGCAUUGUGUCAUUGUGUUUGCUGUUUGAGACUCUUCUACAAACUCAUCUGCCUCAGCUCUUUUAUCACCUUCGAGAAAUUGGGGCUCAGCCGCUACGAAUUUCAUUUAAAUGGAUGGUACGAGCAUUUUCUGGUUAUUUAGCUACAGAUCAGCUCCUGCUCCUGUGGGACAGAAUCCUGGGGUACAACUCCCUAGAAAUUCUUGCUGUCCUGGCAGCUGCUGUAUUUGCUUUCCGAGCAGUGAACCUGAUGGAGGUGACAUCAUUGGCUGCAGCUGAAGCUGUUCUUGCUGACCUUUCAACCCUGAAGGUUAUGCCACUUCUUCAAAUCUUCUUGUUUGCUACUGUUACCUGAUCUGCUUCAACAAUACUCUACUGCAUUUCCAGCCUCUCAUGAGAAGCUAAUGAUCAUCUAUGCAAUGUCUGCAUAAAACCAAAAUUAAACUGUAUGUACAAUAUUCAUUUAGAAAUCUUAAUGGAAUUUUCUAGCUGAAAACAAUAACUUCACACAGAAGUGUGUGUAGUGCAUGCUGCUGACUUUCACUGCAACAACGGUUAUUACUUGUACAUUAAGAAUGACAACUUGUGCAAACAAAUGAUUAUGAAUCAGUGUCUAAAAUGCAUGUAAUAUAUAAUAAAUAAUGUAAUUCUUCACUUGA